CUGUGAACGAGGUGCAGUAACAAUACGAAAAUGCCCGUUACUGGCACGAAGAUGUUAAUUGCAGGUCGCAUGAGCGGCGUUGAGACGCCACUACGCAGGGCUGACCCGUCAUGCAGGGACACAGGGCGCGCUACCGUGAAUCGUCGUCACCCUGUGGGUCGCUGAAACGUUCAUUCCUGACCAACGUGCAGCGCUCAAAAGGAUUGCAUCGUCCGGCGCGACAUUCUCUUUCUCCUAAUGCUGCCUCCAUGGCGUUUCUGACCCCUCCAACGCCCAAACGAACAUAGCAGGAGCACCUUGGCCCACGCCGCAAUCGACUGCUCCCACGCGCGCAUUCCGCAUUUCCGUACCGCCAAUCUCCUCCCACGACCGAUGCUCAGCCCUCACUCGACGCGCCAUGGACGCUCACUUAUGGACACGCGCCGGGCAAUACGACCCUAUUCCGCACCUCAGUAGGAGAGCAGAUUGCAAGAGUGACAUAUAUGAACACGAGACAAUUAUUGAGAAGCCGCUAUGGAAGGCCCUCACAUUCCACCAUUUUGGCCUCAUCCUCUCAGCGAUAUUUGGCGCAAUUGCCGUAAUCAUAGCCUUCUUUCUCAUCAUACGGCAUGCUACACACUACUUGAAGCCGUAUGAGCAGAAGCACAUCAUUCGAAUCCUGGUCAUGAUCCCCAUCUACGCCGUCGUCUCCUUCCUCAGCUACCUCUACUACAAGAAAGCUAUCUACUUCGAGGUCCUGCGAGAUUGCUACGAAGCCUUCGCCAUUGCCAGCUUCUUCACGCUCAUGUGCCACUACAUUGCGCCGAACCUCCACGAGCAAAAGGAGUACUUCAGAAACGUCGAGCCAAAAAACUGGGUCUGGCCAGUUACAUGGAUGCAGAAGUGUUCAGGCGGCGAGGACAAGGGAUGGCUGAGGAAGCCAAGGAGCGGGCUGACGUGGUUCAACGUUGUUUGGAUUAGCAUCUUCCAGUAUUGCUUCAUUCGCCCGUUUUUCACCAUCGUUGCUGUGGUCGCACAGACGCAGGGUCGCUACUGCUCGAGCUCCAAGGAUCCUCGCUAUGCAUACAUCUGGGUUGCAGGCUUCGAAGCCGUAUCGGUCACGAUCGCCAUGUACUGUGUUGUACAGUUUUACAUACAACUGAAGGAUGAUCUGGCGUCCCAACGACCAUUCUUGAAGGUGCUGUGCAUCAAGCUUGUCAUCUUCUUCUGCUUCUGGCAGAGCUGGGUCAUAUCGCUGCUGACAGCAGAUGGCGGUCCCUUGAAGGCAACAGAUCAGAUUGCUGGACCUGAUCUGCGCAUUGGUAUCCCUUCGAUGCUUACCUGCGUCGAAAUGGCCAUCUUUUCGAUCCUGCAUCUCUUCGCAUUCCCAUGGAAACCCUACGAUCUCAAGCGCCAGAGCCCAUUGGAUACUACUAUUGACGGGUACUCGGCGCAACCAACGAAGUAUGCAAACGGACCAGCACGCGCUCUUCUGGAUGCUCUGAAUCCCUGGGAUAUCAUCAAGGCCUGCGGCCGUGGCUUUCGUUGGCUCUUCUACGGCGCACGACACCGCAAGAAUGAUCCCUCGUACCAGACCAAGCUCGAGCCUGUCACUACGAACACUAGCUACAGUGGCCCAACAUUCGCAGGCAACGGCGAGCCUGUCAAUGUGCCAGCGUCUACGAAGAAGAACGAAGGGUCUGGUGACUCGGAUACUACAGAGCUUCUGAGUGACACGCAAGCUAAUCCGUAUGUGCAUCAGGGUUCAAGUUCGUACGACAGCGCGUACGGACCCGGAGCAAGUGCCUACGGAAGUCCUCCAAAUCCAGACCGCCUUCCGCAAGCGCCGACUCCAGGACAGGAAUACGGCAUAGCGCACCAAGGACACGGAGACGAGCGAUUUCAGGACUUUGAACGGCAAGAUACAACGUAUCAUGGCGGUGUAGUAGCGAACAGCUACUACGAGCGACCGAGAUACUAUCAAGAGGAGAGCGUUGUAAGGCCGAGCACAGAGUGGGACAUGUUUGCUGGUGCAACAAAACCUGCUCAGAGGCCACAAGGUGGUAACAACCAGCCUUCAGGGUGGAUAUAGGAUUGCAUUUUGAUUUGCUUGCAUACGACAUCUGAAAGAGUUGCAUAUGAUAUCCCACGUCAGGCGUUUGGUUUGUUUGGAUAUUCUGGUGCGUGCUCGCCCUCUCAGGUUAGGAAGGAACCGUCCCAGUGCCUUCUGCGUGGGAAGCAGGCUAGCAGCAACAACAACUUCUUAUC